GGGGCUCGCGUGCCGGCGGCGCGCUGGGGUCUGCCCCUCGGCGGCGCCGCGCUGCUCCUGCUGCUCCUCCCGGCCGCCGCGGGGCAGAAGCCGCCCGGAGUGGCUUGUUCUCAGAACACAAACAGAACCUGUGAAGAGUGCCUGAAAAACGUCUCUUGUCUUUGGUGCAACACCGAUAACAGGUGCCUGGAUUACCCAGUGACCAAAAUCCUGCCUCCUGCUUCUCUGUGUAAGCUGAGCUCUGCACGAUGGGGCGUGUGCUGGGUGAACUUCGAGGCACUGAUUAUUACCAUGUCGGUGAUCGGGGGCGCCCUCCUCCUGGCGGUUGUCACCUGCUGCUGCUGCUGCUGCAGGAGGAAGAACAGGAACCGGAAGCCAGACAGAAGCGAGGAGAAGGCCAUGAGGGAGCAAGAAGAAAGGAGGGUGCGACAGGAAGAGAGGAGAGCAGAGAUGAAGUCAAGACAUGAUGAAAUCAGGAAAAAAUAUGGUUUGUUUAAAGAAGAAAACCCAUAUGCCAGAUUCGAGAACAACUAAACUGCACUCCACCGGGCAAGCAGCCCAAGGCCGCCCUCUUUUGACCUUGAAGUGAGCCGGUGGGGGCUGCCCUGGGGGCAGGCCUGCCUCCUCCUGUGAGCUCUGUCCCCUUUUCUGUUUCUGUUUCAUCACUUGAGAUGUUAAGCCUAUCGGGGUUUGCUUUUUGUUUUCAUUGUGACUUUGAGGAGGAAACUGCACAUUCCACUGGCCUGUGAGCUAACUAGCCGCACAGCCCAGCCCCCAGCCACUCGUCCUUCGUGAGUCUGUUCCUGGCCCCACCCUCAGCUUCAUGCAGCGAAGGACAGUUGUCUUUCCUUGUACGCUGGGAUCGACCAGUCCCUCGUCAUUCCCCUAAAACCACAGGCGGGCACUUCCGGGCAUCAGUUCAGGCGGCUUUGUACGUCCAGGGUGCAGAGUCAGCGGCCUUCUGACCUCAGCUGCCGUGCCAAGUACAGACGAGUAAACUCACCUGAAACCGUUUUGGUUUUUUUUUUUAAUAAUUAUUGGAUUUUAUUCCUCCACCUAAAAGAUUUCACCAAAAAACUUUACUAUCAAAUUCAGACCAUUUAUUGGAUGAUUUUUCAAUUUGUACCUUUACUAUUGGGUUGUUGGAAAAGUCAUGACGUAUUUUUUUCUAUGUUUUUUGUUGCUAAAAUGCAUUAUGACUUUUCUGACAACCCAAUAGAACAUGAAGACUGUUUUCCAGUGAGAGCCUGAGUUACAAAUGCAGUUCUAAAACAACCCUCCUGUGCUCCCGGAACAGUGUCAGUCCUGUGUGCAGUCACCUGUCCUCGGGGACGCUCUCCUGGAUUUUGGAGCGUCUCCCUGCCGGCAGGCAGUGUGCGAACCCCAGCCCCAUGCUCUGGGAAGCCCCUCGGGGAGGCUCUGCACCGGGCGGUCGGGGGUCUCCACAGCACACAGAGCCACUGCUGAUUGUCCUGCCCUGAGCUGCGCCCCUUUGGCCUAGUGUGACGUCAGACUGUCCUUCAGAGGCACCUUCUGUAAGGUCGUCAUUGGUGGCCUCCAGGGGGCCUGUGGCGCCAUAUACGGUGGUUUUGUUUCUUUCUGAUGAAGAGGCAUGGCUUCAGUAGAUGGACUAGCACAUGGCUAGGCAGCAGCAGAUGAGGAAGUACCAGGGAGCAGCUUGUCUUAGGCCUGGAAAUAGUCCCUGUGCCAGAUGACUUUGAAUUUGGCAAACACUGAGCUUUGGGAAAGCAGGUCAGUGCGCACGUAGCAGAAGCCACGCAUCCAUGUUCACAUUCCUGCUCCCCACGCGUCAGACAGUCAUGUGCGGGGCCGUGCGAGAUACCAGCCAGCAGCCUGAGGAGCCUUUAACUGCAGAGGUCUGUGCUGUGAGUUAACAUUUCUACACACACUACGAAACUAACCUUUAAAAAGCCUUUAGUCUUAUUUCUCUGACUUCUUGGGCAUUUGACAGCAAUUUCAAGUGCUGUGAAACAUUCCUGAGUGUUUUAUAGCAGCCUGCGAAUUUUCACUUUCUGCUGUUUAUUCAUAGAAGAAACUUUAUAACAAUAGAUUUAAUGGCCUUGAUGUUGCUGCAGUAGUUAAAACGUUCUGUGGAUUGCUCAGUGUGGGCUGCUGUGCGGAGAGCAGAGUUGGGGUUGCUCAGUACAGUGUGUGUAACCUUGUCACGGAACCCAGAGCCCACCGGGCCAUCGGGGGGCCAGCCUGGUCCACGUGCUGCUCUCUGAUAGAGCACUGAGAGCAGCCCACACUUACAGCUUCAAGGAAGCCAGAAGUUUGGAGUGCCUUAAUUUUUAACCAGUUUCCAGUAAAUGAUUUAAUACAUGCUUUCGCUGAAUAUA